GAGCACCGGGCGGUUAAUAUUGUUCUCCGAACGAAAACAGUUGACAUGCGGACCUGACGGAAGAGAUGUCACCAUAUGUCUGAACCUCGUUCUAUAAAUCAGAACCCUUCAGCACUUCGAAUCGUGAACUGUGAAACGAGCCCUACUCACCAAUGUCCCUCUUCUCCUUAGCAUUCGCUUCCAUCCUCGCAGUCGCUUUGCUUCGCUGGUGGUUAAAACGCAUUUCUGUUAAACAUGUCGAGGGACCACCGUCUGCCUCUUUCUGGCUAGGCCAUGAGCUUGUCCUUCGCAGUCAAGAUGAAUUUGGCGAUCUCGAAACGAAAUGGCGCAGUGAGUAUGGCACCAUCUACCGCAUUAGAGGUUGUUUUGGUCAAGACCUUCUGGUAGUAUCCGACCCCAAGGCCUUCGAACACAUUUUCCAUACCUCACGUCCUUAUCCCAAGACUUCGGACACAAACUUUAUCUUUGGUCUCAUCCUUGGAGGGACCGAAGGGCUCAUUGUAGUCGAAAAGGAUGUCCAUCGUCGACAACGCAAGAUCCUGAAUCCGGCGUUCUCUCCUGCUAAUCUGCGGGAUUAUCAGGUUAUAUUCCAACGGUGCAGCGAUAAGGUUGUAAACGCCAUGAAAAUCUCUACCGGUACUGGCGAAAAAAUCGACGUUGUCGAUUGGAUGGGCAAGGUCUCGCUUGAUAUAAUCGGCCUAAGUGCUUUUCGAUACGAUUUCGGAUCACUGGACGGUCAAGAUACUGAGUUGGGGGAAGCGAUGAAGCACCUAUUCACGGCCUCGCAGUCCGAUCCAUCCGCUCUAGAACUCAUGGUUGUAGCCCUGAUACGAAUGCUUCCGCAUUCCGUGUUGAAGAUUCUCAAGUUGUGUCAGACCCGAGAAACUCGCCAGCUGGCCAGUGUAGGAGAAACAGCAAGAAAGAUUGCUCGAGAGAUCUUGGCUGCCCAAGCUAAACUCGGGGUGCAGGAUGAGUUGGAUAAGGACAUUGUUGAUAUUCUAACGAGGGCACGUCUUACCGGACAAAUGUCGGAUGAUGAAAUUGAGCUCCAGUUUAUGACGUUUCUAAUUGCCGGGCAUGAGACAACAAGCGCGACCCUGUCCUGGUUGCUGUACGAACUCGCCGCACAUCCCGAGCACCAAUCCAUAAUACGCGAAGAAGUAAAGCACUCAUAUCACAAUGACUAUGAUUCUCUGCCAUUUUUGAACGCUGCAAUCAAAGAAGUUCUUCGGUUUCAUCCCAUGGUGCAUGCACCUAUGCGUACUGCUCCUUAUGACGACAUUUUGCCUCUUUCGGGGUCUAAGACACUGACAAUUCCCAAGGGACAGACACUUCUUUGUUCCGUGUACUCGUACAACCGUCUGCCGUCCAUCUGGGGUGAUGACGCAGAAAAAUGGAAUCCAUCUCGAUUCCUCGAGAAGAGUAUCCCUGUGUCAUUGGGAGUCUAUGCCAAUUUGAUGACGUUCAGUAGUGGCUCUCGUUCGUGCAUCGGGUGGCGAUUUGCUGUCAUGGAGAUGCAAACAAUUCUAGCGAACCUCAUUCAAAACUUUGAAUUCAGUUUGCCGGAGGGCACGGUAAUACAGCAGUUCCCUGGCUCACAGGCGAUUGUGCCUGUCGUGAAAGGUGAAGCGCAUCUGGGUUCUCGGGUUCCUUUAAGGAUUAGAAGUUUGGAGUAGCUGACGCGCUCACUCUAUCCGAGUAUAGAUAGACCCCAAUAAAUAGC